AUGUCGAAGGUAUGGCUCAUCACUGGUGCAAGCGCAGGGUUUGGACUGGUGCUGGCUGAAAUAGUCCUUAAACACGGCCACCAAGUCAUUGCUGCGACCCGUGAUCCUGAAGCGGCAGCCUUAAAAAGCCCCCAUAUAGAGGAACUCGGUGGCAAAUGGAUGAAACUCGAUGUAUCGUCCCCUUCGACAGCGCAAGAUGUCGAUAAUGCGAUCAAGGCUCUCGCUGGCGAUAGGAUUGAUGUCCUUGUGAACAAUGCAGGUUUCUUUAUGGCUGGAGGUGUUGAAGAUUUCAAUGAGGAAGAAAUUCACGCCCAAUUUAACAUCAAUCUUUACGGUUCCAUACGAACAAUUCAAGCCGUGCUGCCUUUCAUGCGUGCCCAGAGUUCAGGUAUCAUAGUCAACUUUAGUAGCAUAGCUGCUCUAGAUGGUCUACCUUCCUGUAGCCUAUAUGCUGGUAGUAAGUAUGCGCUAGAAGGCUUCAGUGAGUCACUCUCACGUGAGGUUGAAUGCUUUGGCAUCAGGGUGUUGCUUGUUGAGCCAGGCGCAUUUAGAACCAACUUCCUAGCUGGCUUUUCGAAGGCGGCAGCUGGCUUGAAUCCUGCCUACAAGGGCACUCCUCUUGAUUUGAUCUUGCAAAAGUUUCACGGUAUGGAUCAAAAACAAGCAGGUGACCCGCUGAAGGGGUGCGAAAUCAUCUACGAUGUCGUAACAGGAACUGGCGUUGGCGAGGGGAAGACACAUCUUUUGAGGUUGCCUAUCGGUCCUGACUUCUACCAAAGAGCUGAUGAUAAACUCUCCAGCUUAAAGGAGAAUAUAGAUGCGUUUCGCACGGUAGGGGUGAUGACCAACUUUGACUGA